UUGUCUAUGUUAACUCGUAUACGCCAUUUUGUUUUGUACGUUGAAUGGCGUUGGUUUAUGAAAAAUUACCGGCUUGGAAAACGUUCAUUUACAAAGAAAUAUUAAUAUUCGUAUGUUUACAGUGUAUAACAUUUUUUUAAAAAUUUAAUUAAAUAAGUGUUACAUAGCCAUUAUGGGCCGAGGAAGGGAUCGCAGCCGAGAUAGACGUCGCAGUCGUAGUAGAAGUAGAAGUAGGAGCCGCAGCAGGAGCCCUCGAUACGGACUCGGAUCCGGCGGAGGUGGCGGAGGAGGUUACGGCGGUGGGCGUCGAAGUAAUCCUGGCGCCAAUUUGCGAAAACCUAAAUGGGAUUUGAGUAGAUUGAAGCCAUUCAAGAAAGAUUUUUACAUACCUCACCCUGAUGUUGAAAAUAGACCAGAAUCGGAUGUGGAAGCGUGGAGAAGUGACAAUGAGAUAACUUUGAAAGGACGUAACAUACCCAAGCCAACUUUAACUUUUGAUGAAGCCGGUUUUCCUGAUUAUGUGAUGGAUGAAAUAGAUAAAAUGGGAUUUUCAAAGCCAACCCCUAUACAGGCUCAGGGUUGGCCCAUAGCCCUCAGUGGAUACGACAUGGUGGGCAUAGCAUCAACAGGAUCAGGCAAAACCUUGUCAUACAUUCUGCCCGCUAUAGUCCAUAUCAACCAUCAACCCAAAUCAAGCCGAGGUGAUGGUCCCAUUGCUCUUGUCUUGGCUCCAACUAGGGAAUUAGCUCAGCAAAUCCAGGAAGUAUGUGACAAGUUUGCUAACACAUCCAAAAUUCAUAACACAUGCUUGUUUGGAGGUGCCCCCAAAGGGCCUCAAGCCCGAGACUUGGAUGCUGGUGUGGAAAUAGUAAUUGCAACACCUGGCCGAUUACUAGAUUUCUUGGAAAGUGGAAGGACUAAUCUAAAACGUACCACCUACUUAGUAUUAGAUGAAGCUGACCGAAUGUUGGACAUGGGAUUUGAACCCCAGAUUCGCAAAAUUAUUGAACAGAUUAGGCCUGAUCGUCAAACUCUUAUGUGGUCUGCAACUUGGCCCAGAGAGGUGCAAAGUUUAGCUUCUGAGUUUUUGAAAGAUUAUCUACAAAUCAAUGUUGGCUCUUUACAAUUAGCUGCCAAUCAUAACAUAUUGCAGAUUAUAGAUGUCUGUAUGGAAUAUGAAAAAGAAACUAAACUUAGUACACUGCUGAAGGAAAUUAUGGCAGAGAAGGAGAACAAAACUAUAAUUUUUAUUGAGACCAAACGACGUGUGGAUGAUAUAACUAGAAAAAUGAAAAGGGAUGGGUGGCCAGCUGUUUGUAUUCAUGGAGACAAAUCACAAAAUGAAAGAGAUUGGGUUCUGCAAGAUUUUCGAAGUGGGAAAGCACCUAUUCUUGUAGCAACUGAUGUUGCUGCCAGAGGUUUAGAUGUUGAUGAUGUUAAAUUUGUCAUCAACUUUGAUUAUCCCAGUAAUUCUGAAGAUUACGUGCAUCGCAUUGGAAGAACGGGACGUACAAAUAAAACUGGAACGGCGUACACCUUCUUCACACCGUCUAAUGCCGCAAAGGCGUCAGACCUUAUAUCUGUAUUGAAAGAAGCCAAGCAAGUUGUCAAUCCUAAGUUACAAGAACUUGCUGAGCGAGGAGGGGGUGGCAGUCGACGUCAUCGUGGUCGCGGGGGAAGGUACCGGCGCGGACGCCGCUCACGCUCUCGCUCGCGGUCGCGCCGCCGCCGCUCGCGCACCCGCUCCCGCUCGCGUUCUCGCUCACGGGACCGCCGCCGUCGUCGCCACAGCUCUUCCAGAUCCUCCCGAAGCAGAUCAUCAAGAUCUUCAAGAAGCCGUUCGCGUUCCCGUUCGCGUUCGCGUAGUCGAUCCCGUUCAGGCAAGUGUAGUCUCACAAAGGACUCUACUGAUAUAGCGCCGCAGCAGGCGCCACAAGCAUUAUUGCCUACACCAAAAUCUCUCUUGCCCACACCCAUUGGCCCCCAACUUCCGAUGUCCGAUGAUAAGUCUAAAAGCAAACGUCCCUCAUCUCCUUCCCGUCAGAAUGACGUACCUUUCUCACAAAAAAAUGAUCCUUUACACACAAAUAUGACUUUAAAUCACAAUAAUCUAAAUUCAAACCAAAUGCAACAUUCAAAUCAAAUACCCCCAUUGAUGGCUCUUAACCCACAGAUGAAUAUGUCUGUUCCUCCCCCAACUUUGAACACUCAGCCUUUUGUAAUGCCACCCUAUUUCCCAGCUGAUCAAUAUGGUAUGAUGGUACCUGCAUUUCCAAAUCCAAUGAUGCCCAAUGGUGGAUGGGCAGCACCUCCUCCACCACCACCCCCUCCUCCCCCCACAUCCGAUAUUGGCGCCAAUGGUGCUCACGGGCGCGGCUCGGGACAAAGUGGGCUCGAGUUAGAUUCCAGAAAGCGUGGAGCUCGCUCAGGCGGGCUCGGCGAUUCCGUCUCCUAUGGUUCGGCAUCUGGCGGCCACGGUUCAGGCGGCGGCCUGGGCUCCGGUGGCCUCGGCUCUGGCAGCGGCCUGGCCUCGCGCGGGGGCCUCGGCUCUGGCGGUGGCCUGGGCUCUAGCGGGGGCCACGGAUCUGGCUCCGGCGGUGGUCUCGGCUCCGGUGGGGGCCUAGGCUCCGGCGGAGGCUUCGGCUCAGGCGGGAGCUAUAGCUCCGCCGGGGGCCUCGGCUCGGGCGGAGGUCUCGGCUCUGGCGGGGGCCUUGGCUCCGAUGGCGGCCUUGGCUCAGAUGCCGGCUCCUCAGGCUCCCGUUCAAGGGGCCGUGAUAGACGACGUCGUGGAAGAGGACGCAACCACGACGAUUAUGACUCGGAGAAUACGAGUUCUGGCGGUCUCGGAUCUCAAGGACUCGGUGGCCCCGAGGGCGGCGGCCUGGGUCAACCGCCCGGCUAUGGAUAUGCCUCUGGCGGUCUCGGCAUACCCCAUGGGAGCCUAUUGCCACGCAUGCUCCCUCAGAACUGCGGCGACGUCGGGUCUCAAGGCGCUAAUUUCACAGCCUUUGGUUCAUAUGGCCCUAAAAAUAAUAAGCGGGACAAUCCACAGUCAAAUGACACUAAUGAAGGUUAUGAUUCCGCUAAAAAUACUAUGGAAUAUUAUGGUCAGCAAAACAUGGGUCCUGGAAGGCCAUACGGUGUUGGUGCAGAGCAGAACAAUCAGAGUGGUGCGUUGGCUAAUGGCUCCAUGGGGUACAAUGACCGCCAGAGGAAUCGCCGACGGUGAACAUCUGAGGUUUGUUAUAUUCGAACCAAUGCAAACUCACCUCGAUUAUCGAAAUCGGACUAGAUAUGACGCCUUUCGCUUUUAUAACUAGUUGCGUCGUAUCUGCCUAAACAAUAUUUCUGAUACUGUACAAAUUUACUGUGGCAUAUAUGUUAUCCUAAUGCAAAAAACAAAGGUUGGGAUUCUCGAGAAAUAAGUUAGAAUAUUUCUUUUACAGAAAAUGGAUAUAAUGGAGACUCUCGUCGACGCAGAAGACGAUGAACUUCCUUGGAUUUCUAGGAUCGUCGUGAAAACAUCUUAUGUCUUUUUAAUCAUACAAUAAAUCAACUAAAUGCCAUUCCAUAAAUUCUAUGUCAUAAGGGAUUGUUUCGAUUGCCAAUAUUCCCGUAUUUCAUGUACAAAGCAAAUAAUAAUGCGUAUACUACUUAUACGCUCUAAUAGAAGAAUCUAGUUUUUUACAUUUUUUCAUCUGCAUUUUGUAUAUUGCAAUAUUUAAUUAGUUUAUUAAAAUAUGCACAUAUUUUACUGAUUUAUGUGCCAUUGACAAAGGCACUUAUAGAUGUACAUAAUAUUUAAAUAUUUUUUCUAGUAAAUAUAACAUAUUAUAACCCUCUGUAUGUUGUAUUGUGUUACAUAAAUAAUAUUAGUAACUCAUUAAUUCAUUGGACUUGUAAAAAACUCAGUGCUGCUUAUAGUUUCCAUAAACAUAAUUAUAUUGAUCUUGAAAAUUGUCGAAACAUAGUGUGUAUUAAUAAUAAGGACUAUGUAUUUUUAAAAUAAGCAACUUUUAUGUGUAAGAUUUAGCUAUUCUGAAUCUGAUUUGACUAGUGUGCGUGUAUUAUUUCUUAAGUGUGUAUGUAACUUGUAUGAAUAGAACAAAAAUAAAAUUUUGCACUGUUUUAA